AUGCAACGUCUGAGCCACCAACUGAGCCACCAACUCCCUACGUUAGAUAGCCAUCCCAAGCAACGUCUGCCCCCGGCUUCGCCCUCCACCCCGCAAUCCACGUCCUCGACCCUUGAUCCCCCGCCAGAUUAUGUCUCCCGAUUAGACAGCCCAAUCGGCCAUGAUACGGACCAAGACGAGGCGGGGGAUUAUGGGCAUGCCGAAGACAAUCAAAGCUAUCCGCGAAGGAAAGGGAUUUACCAAAGCCGAAUAGAGCAGAUCCUUUACGAGCAUCCAGAGCUUCCAAUCCUCAUCACACAUGCGGGCAAAAACCACGAGAGUGGAGGCAGUUUCAUUGUUUAUACAAUACGAACGGGGGAUCUGGAAGUUCGACGACGAUACUCUGAAUUUAGCUCUCUGCGCGCUACCCUCAUCAAUCUUCACCCAACUCUCAUCAUCCCUCCCAUACCUGAGAAACAUACAAUGGCCGAUUAUGCAGCGAAACCUACCAAGGCUAAGGAAGAUAGCUCCAUUAUCGACUUGCGAAAGCGCAUGCUAGCGGUCUUCUUGAACAGAUGCCGGCGGAUGAAGGAGAUCCGGGAGGACGGAGUCUGGUGGAGGUUCUUAGAUCCGAAUGCGAGCUGGACUGAAGUACUUCAUUCACAUCCUGUCUCCUCCAUCCCCAAGAACAACCUCAAAGCGCCUCCGCUCGACCCCGCUAAUCCGAAACCCGCACAUGCCUGGCUUCCAAUCCCUUCAUCAUCCGCGAAGCUAAAGUCAUCUUCGGCCACCUCUUCAUCCUUUUCGGAUCAUGCUUCAUCAACCCCAGGAAAUGUGCCAUUCCUUAAUCGGUUCCCGCCAACGUCGCGCAACCUAAGUGAAAAAGACCUAGACCCAUACUUUGUAAACUUCGAGGCGUCAACUCGUGAGCUCGAACUGCUAUUGCAAGGAAAUAUCGAAAAAGUAAACCGACGCACCUUGACGCAUCUUUCAUCCCUUGCUGCGGACCUGAUGGAGCUUGGCGCCCGGUACAAUGGGUUUUCCCUCUCCGAACCUUCCGCCACAGUUGCCGCAGCAAUAGAACGAAUUGGACAGGCAGCCGACACUUCAUAUAUUGAGACUGAAGAGCUCUCUUCUACUCUUGGUGCAACAUUUGCAGAACCAAUGAGGGAAAGUGCACAAUUUGCUGGCGUCGUCCGGAAUGUUCUCCGCUAUCGCAUCCUCAAGCGAAUCCAACAAGAAAUGACUCGGGAUGAACUCAGCAAGAAAAGGGCAAUGCUAGAUUCCCUAGAGCGGAGUGAGCUGGAAGCCAAAAGGAUUGAGCAAUAUUUGAAUCGUACUGGGGGCAGCUUAGCAACCACGAAACCAAGAAGGUCAUUAUCUGAAUCAUCUGCACCCAGUAUCCCGGAAACGUCAACACCUGAAGCAACGAGAUCAAAUGCCGAAGAUACCGCCUCGAUUGACUCUGAUUUCCCGGCCGGGACUGGUGAUUCUCCACAGCCAUCUGCAUCCCAGGGCCUACCUCAAAGGCCUCUCGAGCAGUCCCCAUUACCUUCACCAGGUCACCGUAAGAGCCCUAGUGGUAACUUCGUAACGAAUAAGAUAUUCGGGCGAAUUAGCCAUGCCGUUCAUGGCUUUGUUGAUGUUGACCCGGAGAGAACCCGACGAGACCAAAUUGGGAAAACGAAAGAGACCUUAUUACAGUUGGAGCAAGCUCUCCAAGUAUCGGAGAAGGAUGUCAGGGAUGCUAGUUCCGGUGUCUUGCAAGAUCUAAAACGGUUCCAGAAAGAAAAGGAAGACGAUCUACGUCGAUAUAUGGUAGCCUACGCCCGCUGCCACCUGGACUGGGCGCGGAAGAACCUCGAGACAUGGACCGAAGCAAAGGAAGAAGUUGACAAGAUUGUUAUCCAUUGA